CCAUAGGUGUUUUUAAAAAUAAUUUUCUCAUAAUAUUUUGCAGUCUGUGAAACUUUAAUUAUCAAGGUGCUUAUUGCCUUUUUCCCACAUUUAUGAAAGACAUUGCCCCAAUUUGCUGAGGGGUCAAAGGUUAAAAUACUGAAAGGCUUCUUAAAUCAAUACAAAAAGUGAUGUCGCCUCAGCUUUCAGAGGGACAGGAUCUGAAUACUUCUUCCACUACUGGAAAAUACUCAUUGUGUCUGGUUCACCAUCAUGUCUUUAUGAAAACUUGAAGGUAUAAUACAAGGUCACCUUAAAACUACUUUGUACUUUAGUCCAUUUCUCUCCUUUCUUUCAUUGUAAUUGGACAUUUUAUUCCUUCAUAUUCAUAAAACCUUAUCAAAAAGCGAUUCAUAUACAGGUGUAUUUUAUUUAUCGCACCUCUCUUUCAAUAUUUUACACCGGUUCUCAGAGUUUCUCCUUUUUCAAUGAGGAUGUUUUCAUCACACUCUGUCUGCAUCAUUAUCUCCCUCCUGGUCUGAGGUGAAUUUUCAGUCUUUAUAUCCUGUUCUGUCUCCUUUGUUAGCCCUCUUUUAUUGCCUUUCAUGUUCAAGUAAACCCAGUUUACAUCUGCUCAGGUGACUGUUAAUGAAUCAGUCCUUUUCUUCCAUUUGCUGUACAUGCUCAGUGCCUCUCCACUGGCUUCUGUGUUCUUAGUAGAGGCAGCGUUUGAAGAGUGUCUCUACCUCAUUUUGUUUCAGCAGAAACAAGACAUUCUUCAAAGAAGAGGAGUUCCCCUUCGCUUUAAACAAGUUUACUCUUUGCACAAGACAUUAACUGACAUUAACUUUCCCCAAUCCUUAAAAAAUUGACACUUUUUUGCCUCCUGCUUUGCACUUUAUCUUGACUUGCCUGCACUGACACAUUUUGAAGCCAGACAGCAGCUACACUUUGCGGCAUCAUGUCUCAGAAGUCGCAGUCAGACGGAGGUCAGAAACACUUCGCUGUGGGUCGGGGGCUCCUGGCUGCUGCAGAGACCUUGAACUACAGCAUGAAUGAACAGCGAUCCAGCCGGCAGAUGGGGGGCAUGGCCUCAGGUGUGGGGGUGGGCGGUGGUAUGGAAGGCCAGGAUGGCGGCUCUCAGAUGUCCCGCCGCGGCAGUGGAAGUCAUUUUGGCAACACCAUGAAGCUGUUUGCCAGUUUGGGACUGUCGCCGUCCGACCUGGACGCUCUAGCUGAAAUGCCUGAAGAGGACAUCAGUGUGGAGACAUUGCCGCACAUCCUCAUGCAGCUCAAGAGCCGCAAAGGAGAUGCAGCAGAGCGGCGGGCAGCGUCCUCCAUGUCUUCUGACAGUGGGUUUAGAGGCGGAAGGGACAGCUGGGAUGACGUGCCCAUGGGGAGGAUGGGUGGUGCUUCUCUGGGUACAGGUUCAGCCCGGGCCCAGCCCUCUGCAGACUUUGGGUUCAGUUCGCUGCAGGACACCACUCCCAGCCGGGGCUUCGGCAUAAAUUACAGCAGCAGCAGUGGCGGAAGUGGGAGCAGAGACAGGACGUAUUCUGAGCUUUCCCAACAUGAUUCCUACAGCAGGCUCGGCAUGGGGGCACCAGCGUCCGACUCAGUCUUUAUGCAGAGGAGGAUGGGCUCCCCGUCAAACGGAAAAGUCCAAGACUUCUUGGGAGUCACGCCCUCCAUGUUUCCCCAUGUGUGCUCUCUUUGUGACUUUGACGUUCAUUCCACUUUGGAGUGGAACCAGCACACCAAUGGACUUCGACAUGCUGAAAACAGACGACUGCUGCUCGACAUGUAUCCAGAGUGGGACCCUGGCAUGUCAUCAGGCAGAGGUCGGGGUCUUCUGGACACCCCCAACCUGUCUGCAGGGCUGCUUGGACCUGCUCCCAUGUCUUCAUCUCAGACAGGAGGAGGGAUGUCCUCCAGCUGGGGAGGAGGUGGAGGAGGUCCUGGUCUGUCAGGAAAGAACCAGAUGGGACAAAAUAAGCUGAGAAGCAGAGUGGUUGUGGUGAAGUACGACAGGAAGCCUCUCAGCAACAAGACUCUGUUCGCCUUCACCGAGCCGUUUGGCUGCCUGAGGGAGCACCUGGUCCUCAAGAACAAGGCCUUCUUAGAGAUGAGCAGUCACGAGGAGGCGCAGGACAUGGUGAACUACUACGAGCAGAACCAGGCGUCUCUGUACGGCAAACCCAUCAACUUCUACCUGUCCAAGAGGCUGCUGGUCAUCGAGAAAGCAGACCGGUCUAUGGACAGGGCGAUGGACAGGUCGAUGGACAGGUCCAUGGACAGGGCGAUGGACAGGGCGAUGGACAGGUCGAUGGACAGGUCGAUGGACAGGUCGAUGGACAGACCUGUCAGGGACAUGAAAUGUCACGGCAGCCAAGUGGUUUUCUUCUCCAAUCUUCCCAGAGAAGAAGAGAAGAAGAAUGAGCUUCUGACCAUCGCGGGACGCUUCGGCAUCGUGGAGAAACACCUGUUCUUAUCAGACCAGGCGUUUGUGCAGCUGGGGACUCCAGAGGACGCAGAGAUGCUGGUGAAGUAUUACAGCAUGAACCCGCUCACCAUCAGAGGAAGACCCAUCCGCCUCAACAUCUGCGCCAAGUACAAGACCCUCAAUGUGAACCGUAGACAAGGAGGUGACAGUCGAGGCCAGAGGAGCAGCGGAGCACAGACCACCUCCUCCAGCUCUGGAUCCAGAGCUUCAUCCAACCCCCCCAGGACCUCCUCAUCCAAAUCCUCGUCAACCUCCAGGUCCAGAGAGGAGAAGAAGAAGGAGGAGGAGCACAAACUGAAAUCCGAGGAGAAACCUGUUAAAGAGGAGGAGGAGGUGUCAGGAGUGAUGGAAGGAGAUGAAGGAGGGGAAGAGGAAGAGGAGGAGGAGGAGGUAGCAGAUGGAGAUGCAGAGAUGGAAGAGCCAGGAGCAGAGAGGGAGGACUCUGUGAAGGAAACAGUGGAGAAGUCUGAGGAGGUCCAGCAGGAGGAGGAGGUGAGAAAAAGAAACAAACCAAAGAUUGGAGGUAAUAAAUUGUUUGAUCAGGACUUCCUGGAGAACAUGGAGGACUUUGUGACAUUGGACGAACUGGCAGAAGACGAGGACGAAGACGGAGACUCCGACACCAUCGACAACUCGAGGAAAGGGGGUAUGAGGGUGGUUAACAUCGUCGGCUUUAGACGAGGUUACAACUUCAUGAACGAGCUGCAGGCGCUUGCCAAACCUUUUGGGAAAGUGGUCAAACACCUGGUGCUGGACUUAAGACCUGAGGCGUACUUUCAGUUUGCCACUGAAGAAGAAGCUCGAGCGAUGGCCAGCUUUUACAACGGUAACAUUCAAGCGUCGGUGUGCGGCCGACCGGUGAGAGUCAGUCACUCCAUGACCUACCCGACCAUCCAGUGUGGCUCCAGCAGGGUGGUGUACAUCGGUCAGAUCCCCAGCAGUAAAUACUCAGACGCCGCCGUCCUGAAACUGGCCGAGCCGUUCGGGAAGGUCAAGAAGUAUUUCCUCAACAGGAUCAAGAGAGAGUGUUUCAUCGAGAUGGAGAAAGCCGAUGAUGCAGAGAGAAUGGCUGAAGAGUGCAAAGUGAAUCCACCAAAGUUCAACGGGAAACGUCUGACGGUCUACGUCAGCAGGAAGUACAGACAGCUCAAACACGGACAUCAAUGUCCAGGACCAGCCAAGAGAGAAAACAGCAGCACACCACCAAAAUCCUCCAAACAGCCCGAAGAACCUCCAGCCAAGAAAUCCAAGGAGGAGAAGAAACCAGAGGAGAAAGAGGAGGAGAAACCAAAUGAGCAAGAAGAGAAAGAGGAGGAGCAGGUGGAGGUGAAAAAGGAGGAAGAAAUGCAGAGCUGUGAUGAAAAGAGGGAAGAAAACUCGGCAGAGAAGAUUCCUGAGGUUCCCGAUCAGAAGGAGAAGAGUUCCCAGGAGGAGGAGCAGAUGAAGCAAGAGGAGGAGACAUUGACCAAUCAGAACGGACAGACUGAAGCCCCCCCACCGGUUGAAAACAAACCCACAGUGGCGUCUUUGCCGCUGCCCCCCCACGACCCCGACAACCCCAUCGGUGUUGAACAUGUGAAGAUGGGUUACUACUGCCGCGUCUGCUUUCUGUUUUACUCCAACGAAGAAAUGGCCAAGAAAACUCACUGCAGCAGCCAGGCGCACUACGACAAGCUUCAGAAAUAUCUAGAGAGGGAGCAGGCCAAAGCCGAGAAGAAGAAAGGGAAGAAGACAACUGCAUAGAGGACAACUGCAUAGAAGACAGCUGCAUAGAAGACAACUGCAUAGAGGACAGCUGCAUAGAAGACAACUGCAUAGAAGACAACUGCAUAGAGGACAACUGCAUAGAAGACAACUGCAUAGAGGACAACUGCAAAGGAAACACAUUUCAGACUGACAAUUUCACCCAAGAGGGAUAAUACUGCGGCUUGUGAAUUUUUCAUUUGAAUGUCAGAAGUCGCGGUUUAGUGCAGACUUGAGAAGUCUCGAGGCCGUUUUGGUGACGACACUAAAAACUGUAAACUUUGAGUUUUACAAAUGGACACCCUGAGAGGUCGAACUAUUAAUCCUCACAGAGAAGAAUCUUUCAGUGUUAACGUUGUAUUUGGCUUGAAUUUUUAUGUUCACUGAUUAUUUGGAUGUUUUGUAAAAUAAACCAGUUUUCUGAAAUUCAA